GUGAUGGGGCUCAUAGACAAUGAGCUGUCCGAGCCCUACAGCAUCUUCACAUACAGGUACUUCCUGCACAACUGGCCCCACCUGUGCUUCCUGGUGUUCAAGGGGGACCGCUGCUUCGGCACAGUGGUGGCCAAGAUGGAUGUGCACCGCGACAAGGCGCUGCGCGGCUACAUCGCCAUGGUGACGGUGCAGCAGGAGUUUCGGUACCUGGGAGUGGGCAGUGAGCUGGUGCAGCGCACGAUAUUUGCCAUGGUGGCGGGUGGGUGCGAGGAGGUUGCGCUGGAGGCGGAGGUGACCAACAGCGGCGCGCUGCGUCUGUACCAGAAGCUGGGGUUCAUCCGGGACAAGCGCCUGCACAAGUACUACCUGAGCGGCAGUGACGCCUACCGCCUGAAGCUGCUGCUG